AUGACCGCGGAAAGCCAGCAGUCCCCGCGCCGAGCCAGCCCGGCAGACCCGAGCCUGCAGCCCCGGCGGCAGCCGCGGCCGCCUCGGCAGCAGCCGGCGACGGGGGGCCUCCUCUCCAUGCCGGCGGUGAAGGCGGAGAAGGAGCCGGCGGCCUGCGAGGCGGGGUUGGGCGAGCUGGCGGGGGGCCCGGCUCCCAGAGGGGCGGGCGGGGGCGGCCGGCGGAGGAAGCGGCCCCUUCAGCGGGGCAAACCCCCCUACAGCUACAUCGCCUUGAUCGCCAUGGCCAUCGCCCACGCCCCCGAUCGGAAGCUGACCCUGGGCGGCAUCUAUAAGUUCAUCACCGAGCGAUUCCCCUUCUACCGGGACAACCCCAAGAAGUGGCAGAACAGCAUCCGCCACAACCUGACCCUCAACGACUGCUUCAUCAAGAUCCCCCGGGAGCCCGGCCGGCCCGGCAAGGGCAACUACUGGGCGCUGGACCCCCACGCCGAGGACAUGUUCGAGAGCGGCAGCUUCCUGCGCCGGAGGAAGCGUUUCAAGCGCACGGACCUGUCCACCUACCCGGCCUACAUGCAUGACGCGGCGGCCGCCGCAGCCGCCGCCGCCGCCGCCGCCGCCGCCGCCGCGGCGGGCAUGUUCCCCGGCUCUGUGCCCGUGGGCCGGCCGGCCUACCCGGGCCCCGGCUACCCCAACGUGGCGACCGCGCUGAGCCCCGCGGGCUACGGCCAGGCGAUCGGGCCGCCCUCGUCUGUCUACUACCCGGCCUCCCCGCCCCCCCAGUGCCGGCUGUUCAGCCUCAACGGCCUCAUGCACGGGCCCCCCGGGCCCAGCGAAAUCCUGCAGCCGCCGCCGCCCCCGCCCGGACGGCCCCCGAGCCCGGACCCCAGCCAGGCCGGCGGCGGCGGCGGGUCGUGUUCCUUCGGGACCGCCGCCGCCGCCGCCGCCUCCUCCUCCUCCUCCUCCUACCCUGGGCCGGCGGGCGGCGGGGGCGCCGGGCUCCCCCGGCCCUCCAACCCCCUGGCCUAUUCCUACCCGGUCCCCAACGGGCCCUUGCCGUCCAUGAAUCACGGCUCGUACUCUCCGGGCAACAGCAACCAGCUGUUCGGGCCGUCCGGCAGGCUGGCCAUGUCCACCUCCCCGCCCGGGGGCGGCGAUGCCGCGGAUCUUUUCGGCCGCCUGUCGCCCGGACCGUUUGGCUCGCUGGCCCACGGCUACAGCCCCAACGGGCAGCUCGGCGCCGGUCCCACCACCUACCCCGUCCGCCACGGACACGGACACGGACACGGACACGCUGCCUACCCCAGCAGCGCGGACAGGUUCGUGUCGGCCGUGUGA